UCAUAUUACUAAAAUAGGAUUAUUUUAAAACAUGAUUUGUUUAUCUGCCACAUCCGCAAUCCGUAAAUAAAUAGCCACCCUCCGCGACGUCCUGGCUCGUGGGGGUUAUUUUUAUCUUGCGCCCACGUCGUGUUCGAACACGCGACAAAACACAAUUAUUUAGUCUUUCAUCUUUGUGUAGUAAAGUUCUUUUUAACUGAUUAAGAUUUUUACAUUCAUAUAAACAUGUAGAUAAGUAUAUUUAAUUUUGUUAGUCAAGAAAUAUGUGCGUUAUUAAUGUUCCAAAUAUUUUUUGUGCCAAAGUCGAUUUGUCCUAAUUCCAAUUUAGUCGUUCUUUAUUAUUUAAGUAUUGAGGUGCAAGUUCGCUGAACCCUUCGGAUACAUACGUAGCGAAAUGUCUAAAAAUAUUGUGUUGUGGUGACUAACGCUGGCCGCUAAUGUUUUAACUCUCUCGGCAUCCCGGCUUCCUGCCAUUCAUUCCUAUUCAUCUGCUCGAAGCAGUGUUUCGAUCGUAUUUGUGUUUGUGGUUUGAGAAAUGACUCGAGGACCGACAAUAGUGCGUGUAGCGCCAAGCGGGGGCGCCGGGGGGAGGGGCAUCAAGUGCUGCUGUUGUCGCUGCUGCGAAUGCAUCAAUUUCGGAUACCUGACUACUCAGCAUGGCCUCAUUAAAUUGGCUGAAGCUAUGCUGGGCGGUUUGUGCCAGAGCCUGCUGGUGAAGUACGGCAUGUCGGAGGCCAGCAGUAUGGGCUCGGCAUUCCACGGCUUCCUCACCACCGCCUCUGCCUGUCUGCUCACCACAGCUCUCCUGAUCGCCUGCUAUGUGCUGUCUGCUAACUCGCACCAGCUUAUAAGGCAGUCCAUUUUUGAAUGCCUGUUCAACGCAGUAGCUUGUUUCCUGUACUUGUCGGCGUCGUCAUACAUGGGAGUGGCUGUCAACAUCUACCUGUACCCGCGCUAUGCACUCGUCAAUAUGUACGCGGCCUAUCCGGCGAUGACUGCCGUUUAUUACAUCGGAGUGAUAGUUGGGAUACUUCACGGAGUGGACGCAUAUAUAUCGUACAAGGGCCUGAAAGGAUACAGGUAAACAAUACCACAUCGGACGGAUUAAUAAUAUGUAUUAUGACAGACUAAGUAAAACAAUUGUUAAAUUAUAACUAAGAAAAAAUAAUUCUUAAAACAGCGUGCUUUUCAACUAUCAUAAAUGCGUGUUAUACCUAAAUAAGUAUUGCCUCUUUUCUCUCACACCUUUUGUUCGAACUAUGAAGUAUUUGUAUUGCCCCAAUGGUUUGUAAUGAAAUGGCGUGUAUUUUUACGCAUCAAAAAUAUGUUUUGUAAUAUAGCGAUAGAAAGAGAUUGCAAUAAAUUGGUCCAAUAUAUUGUGUAUUUACAGCCACAAUUGUUUACGGCAUGUAUGACAUAACGCGAAACUUUACACAAACUCUUACGAACUUUUCACGAUGCAGUCACAGUUAGUUAGUGGUAUCAUUUUUUCCUAAUAGCAUAGGGUACACCAAUUAAUAUGUAACUAAGUAUAUUUUUUCCGACUCUCAAUUUCAGGAAUGUAAAAAUGUUUAUAAUCAUAAAAAAUAGAACUUUAUUUUUAAUAUUUAGACUAGUCCAUUCCACCUUUAAUGAUAUUAAAUUAUAUUUGUAUGAAUAAAUAAGUAAUUCUUAGCAGUUAUAAUAUAUUCUCUAUAAUAAAUAUAUAUUAUCCUCUAUAAUAAAAUAAAUAAAUAAAUAUAUUAGGAUAAAUCACAGAGAUUGAGCUAGCCCCAAAGUAAGUUCGAGACUUGUGUUGUGGGAUACUAUAUCAACGAUACUAUAUUUUAUAAGAAAUACAUAUAUAGAUAAACAUUCAAGACCCGGGCCAAUCAGAAAAAGAUCAUUUUCCAUCAUGACCCGACUGGAGAUCGAACCCAGGACCUCUCGGUUCAGUGGCAAGAACUUUACCACUGCGCCACCGAGGUCGUCAUAAUUGGGUUGCAUCAGUCAACAUUGAAGUUAACUUUAACUUGCGCAGAACAGGUGCAUAAGGUGAGGUCCCUUAGGAGAGGGUGAGGAGGACGUAUGUAUUUACAUUAAUGUAUGAAUUAGCUCUUAAGAACAGAAAUUAUAUUUUUUACCUAAGUACGUUUCUGCUAAUAAACAAUUAAAUUAAUUUUAAAAACCA